UUAGUAGGAAUAUUUUAUUUGGAAAGAGAGAAAUGAUCCAUUCACCUUUCACCUUUCACAGUUCACAUUUCAAUAGAGCCCCAUCCCCCAAAAAACCAAAAACCAACAAAACCAUAUCAAUUUUCCCCUUCACUUCUCCCACACAAAGACAUCACCAAACCCCAACUCUCUUUCCUUCCUCCCCCUAACCCAUGCCUUCUUUUUCUUUCCUUUGGAUCUGAUUUUCUCUCCCUUUCCAUCCCUCCAAACACUGUUUUCCCCCUUCCCAUCCUUUGAUCCAAUCCAAACCCAGAUUUUGUUUGGCUUGGUUUUGAUGGUUCAUUUGUCCAAUUUGAAAUGGGAAUGCUCAUAAAGAAAGCAUGAGCAAAAACCCCAUUGAUAGAAGCAACAACCAGAAAGACAAGGAUUCCACCCAAGGAGAAGAGGGGACAGAAGGAAACAAAGGUCAAGGGCAAGUAGUUGUUCAAGUAGUCGAAGAAGAAGAAGAAGAAGAGUAUUUUUACGAAUCCCUUGAUCGCAUUGCUUCUUCUAAUUCUUGUUCUUGUUCCAACUCAACUACUCCUUCGUCUGACUCAGAUUCCGACCAAGUUACCCGUUCCAGCAAUGCCCGCCACCCAUUUCCCGUCCCGAAAUUCCCCAUGGCCGUUUCCAAGUUCGACAUCUGGAUCUCAGAACCCGCCUCCAUUUCCGAGAGAAGAACUUGGCUGCUCCGUGAAAUGGGUCUUAGCCGCGACUCCGGUCUUUCCCGGUCAAGACCCGGCUCAGAAACGGAACUGGGUCUGGGACGGGCAAUGGGUGCCGGUGAUGCUGGAGGAAGAGGAGUGCAGCUUGAGAGAAGAUCAGUUUCUUCGGAUCGGUUGGUAAAAAAAGUGUCAGAGGAGCAAGAUCGUGGAGUUGAAAAGGGAAGUAGUUCCUGUGGAAUUGUACGAUCGAAAUCAAACGGUGAUUGUAAUGAGCUUGCUGUUUCUUCUUCUCCUUGUUUAUCUGUCUGUCCCAAUUCCUCUUCGAUUCUUUCUGUUGGUUUAUCUUUUGUAAAUAACAAUAAUAAUACCGAAUGCGAUCGUAUUAAUGUUGCGGCUCCUAACUUAAGAACCUGCGAAAGCAAUGGGUCUACUUAGGUAAGCCGCCCACUG